AAAGAAAGAGAGACAAGUGCUCGCGCGAGACGAGAGUGGCGCAAUGGUAGCUGCUGGCUUUGCUGCUGCUGCUGCUGCUGCUGCUGGUAUUCGUUGCGGCUUCUAGCGAAAAUUGUUGUCGAAUCAAAAGGGCGUGUGUGUUAAAGAUGCAUCGGAGCGCCCGGACUCGCGGCUCGUUCGUUCCGGUGACGCUCCCAGGAAUGACGAGUGCGCGUCCAGCAGCGCGACGGUGCGAUCCAGUGGCUUAGUUACGUUCGGUGUGUGAAAUCCCCCCCGUUCGUCAUUUCUGCCCGAUGCGAGACGGAGAUGUCUGCGUCCUAAGGAACAGACGACGGACUGACAGACGGACUUUUCCGUCAACUUGUUGUGACUCCUGACGAUGCUCCACGGAGGCGUCGCGGACUCUUUACGUGGCUCUACGUGUGGAUAAGUGUGUGCGCGCGCGUUUGAUUAUUUCGAGAAACGGUGAAAUGUUUUCAUCGCCGGCGUCAGUGGGCGAGCCAUCGGGCUACGACUUUCAAAAAGAGGAGAACGCUGCCAAGUGGAAGGGAGUGUUUGUCAACUCCCUGCGCAAGGUACUAGAGCAAGUACAUCCUAGUCUUCAAGCUAGACAAGAUGCCUUAGACUAUGUGGAGAGUUUAAUUUUAAGAAUGUUAGGCAUGCUUUGUGGACAUCCACCUCCUCAAACUCCUCAAGAUGUAGAAGAGCGAGUCAGACGAACAUUUCCCACUCCCAUUGACAGAUGGGCUCUUCGUGAUGCUAAAGAUGCGCUAGAAAAAGGGAAAAAAAAGUCACCGCUAGUGCUGCCAGUUGACAAGAUCCAUCAGUUAUUACAAAAAGAAGUAUUACAACACAAAAUUGACCUGCAAGUUAGCCUGUUUGUGGUUGGAGUUUUGGAAUAUAUUUCUGCUGACAUUUUGAAGCUAGCUGGAAACUAUGUGAAGAAUAUUCACCAUGUAGAGAUUUCGUGCGAGGACAUAAGAGUCGCCAUGUACGCAGACAUGGUACUGAUGGACAUGUUCUACCAGGACGAUUGCACCGAGGGUCCACAAAGUAGUCUGGGUGCUGUUGUUUCACAGACCUAUGAAGAGUCUGUUCGAGAUCUCAUUCACGAUGAACGGCAAUAUAUCCGCGACCUACAUAUGAUUAUUAAAGUAUUCCGUGAAGAAAUAGCAAAGCUAACACAAGAUAAGACCGAACUUGAGACACUCUUCAGUAACAUUAUGGAUAUUUAUGAACUCACUGUCACGGUACUAGGCAGUUUAGAGGAUAUAAUGGAAAUUACUGAAGAAAAACAAACGCCUACAGUCGGUUUUUGUUUUGAGGAAUUAGCAGAGACAGCAGAAUUCGAUGUUUAUAUUAAGUACGCGAGAGAUAUUAAUAGCCCGGCUAAUCGGGAGGUUUUGACAAAUUUAUUAUCAAGACCUGAAGCUAACGCCGCAUUACGAGCAGCAGGUCACGGCUUUAAGGAAGCUGUUAAAUAUUAUUUGCCAAAACUUUUAUUACAACCCAUAUGGCAUUGCUUUUUAUAUUUCGAUUAUAUAAAGGUUUUAAGUAAGCGCACGCCAAAUAUAGAGGACAGUGACACUUUGGAACAAGUGCAGGGUUUGUUGAGACCGUUGCAAAUGAAAUUAAUGAAAUCUGUAUCAAGUCUUCCAAAAAAGGACACGGGCUUGCGGAUGCAGAGCAGAGCGAGGAGACAGGCGGCAUUAGAAAAGACUAGUGAAUUACAAAAGACUGUAGACGGCUGGGAUCAAAGAGACAUUGGACAGUGCUGCAACGAGUUUAUUAGAGAGGAUACGUUAGCAAAAGUGGCUAGUAAUGGACGAAGAUUGACCGAGAGGAAAGCCUUGUUAUUCGACGGUUUAUUAGUAUUGUGUAAACCGAGUGGCGGCAAACGGGUGAGCGUUACUGUUGCAGCGGGUAUUGUUGGAGGUGGACAUCCGGCUCAUCAAGGCGAACUGCGAUUGAAAGAAAGAUUCUUCAUUAGAAAGGUUGAUAUUAUCGACAGGGAAGAUACCGAAGAAUUAAAAAAUGCUUUCGAAAUUGCACCAAGGGACCAUCCUAAUGUUGUUCUUGUUGCAAAAUCCGCCGAGGAUAAGAAUAACUGGAUGGCGGAUUUAGUGAUGUUAAAUACAAAGAGCAUGUUAGAAAGGACAUUGGAUAGUAUACUUUUGGACGAGGAGAGGAAGCAUCCGUUGAGACUACCUCCGGCGCAUUUGUAUAAAUUCGCCGAGCAAGAUAGUCUGGAAAAUAUUGUUUUGGAGGCCAGGGAGAACGGUGGCGUUCCACUGAUUAAAGGUGCUACUUUGAUAAAACUGGUGGAAAGGUUAACUUAUCACAUAUACGCCGAUCCGGCUUUCGUAAGAACAUUCCUCACUACCUACAGGAGUUUUUGCUCACCUCAAGAAUUAUUAACGUUGCUUAUCGAGAGAUUUGAUAUACCGGACCCUUCGUUGGUCUAUGACGAGGAAGAAAAACCUUCCGUCGGUAAAACGACUGCGCGAGAGGAUUGGAAGAGAUACAGAAAGGAAUUCUGUCAGCCUGUGCAGUUUCGAGUUCUGAAUGUUCUGAGACAUUGGGUGGAUCAUCAUUUUUACGAUUUUGAACGUGACAGAAGUCUUUUGGAGAAAUUGCAAUCUUUUUUGGACACAGUCAGUGGAAAAUCUAUGAGAAAGUGGGUUGAUUGUGUACUCAAAAUUGUUCAGAGAAAAUGCGAACCGUCGGAGCAACGACCUAUCACAUUCAGUUUUGAACGAUCUCCACCACCAAUUGAGUGGCAUCUUAAAGUUCCUGAAGAAGAAUAUGGAAUACUUACGUUACAUCCUAUCGAACUAGCGCGACAAUUGACACUGUUGGAGUUUGAUUUGUAUAGAACGGUAAAACCUUCUGAGUUGGUCGGAUCUGUGUGGACAAAAAAGGACAAAGAAAAAACAUCGCCAAACUUGCUGAAAAUGAUCAAGCACACAACAAAUUUUACGAGAUGGGUGGAAAAAUCGAUAGUGGAGGCUGAGAAUUUCGAUGAGAGAGUAGCCAUUGUGUCGCGUGCAAUUGAAAUAAUGAUGGUGCUGCAAGAUCUCAACAAUUUUAAUGGGGUUCUCGCGAUCAUCAGUGCUAUGGGAUCGGCUUCGGUCUUUAGGCUAAAAUUCACGUUCCAGCAAUUGAACACACGAUUAGAAAAAGCGUUGGAAGAAGCGCGAGAGCUCAACAACGAUCAUUGUCGGAAGUAUCAGGAAAAAUUAAGAUCUAUCAAUCCACCUUGUGUACCAUUUUUUGGUAUGUACCUGACCAAUAUUGUGCAUAUUGAGGAGGGAAAUCUUGACUAUUUGCCAGGAAGUCCGGAGCUUAUUAAUUUCAGUAAACGCCGGAAGGUCGCGGAGAUAACCGGCGAAAUACAGCAGUACCAAAAUCAACCCUAUUGUCUUUCAGUGGAGCAUAAGAUAAGACAGUUCAUCGAGAAUCUGUGUCCCUUCGACCCGAAUAUGAAAGAUGAAGAUAUAAACAAUUAUUUGUACAACAAAAGUCUAGAAAUCGAACCGAGGGGUUGUAGACAACUUCCGCGAUUUCCACGUAAAUGGCCAGAGUUGAAUCUAAAGUCGCCGGGAAUUAAAGCCAGAAGUUUGAGCGGAAGGUUGCCGGCUCCGUUACACGCGGUAACGUCCACCGUGAGGUUACACGGUCCUCCCGCGGAAGCGCCGCCUUCUCCCGAAUUGCCGGAAACACCGCCGCACGCAUCACAAAUCACAGUUCCACAUGUAGGGGACCACAGCGUUUUCGCACCUGUCUUAUUAGGACCUGUACCACCUCCAGGAUCACCUAGUCCACCAAGCUUGUCGGGGCUUUCGAUCGCCUCAUCGAAUAGCAGCCCUCAAUUGGGAUCUCCUGGACAUCACAUCUUUUUUAAUUCUGGCACAAUAGGCAUCAUCGGUUCAUCGUUGACAGGUGGAAGUCUUAGUCCGAUGCCGACGCCGCCGUCUCCCAAUACCAUGCCUCCUAGCCAACAACCGCCGCCUCUACCACCCAGAUCUAAUCGAAGACGAGAGAGUUCAUUUAGCGAAUCGCCUCAACAAAAAAUGCCAUGUUCAUAUUAUCAACGAAAACAGGCAAGACAAGCGCCAAACGCGCCCAUUCUUCCCCCAAGAGAUGACAUCUCUCCGCCGCCGUUGCCACCACGAAGAGACAUGCCGCCUGUGACAUUACCGCGAAUUCCAUCGACACUCAACUCGAGCACUUCGGCGUUACUGGCGCGCCGCAAUUCCACGUUAGAAAAUGCAUGCUGCACUGUUGUUCAUCCACGUAGACACAUGUCUUUCAAUGGACCCAGCCCUACAAAACUUCCGCCAGCACAGCCUAACGAAUCAGUGACACCGAGGUUACCACCAAAACCAUUACCAGGACGUCCACCUACCAUGUUCAAUUUCAAUGCUCCACCCGGACCUAGUUAAGCGUUUUUUUUCUUCCCGCAGCUUUUCUUAUCUUUUGGGAAAAGAACAUUAUUCGGUGAGGCAUGGUCCACUCAGUAAAGCGGGCUGAAAUCUUUCUUAUCUUGUUGCAUGAAAAUGAUAAUUAACAAAAAUUGAUAAGUAUCAAAUAUAGGAGGUACUUGAUUUGUGUUUAUAUAUAUAUAUAUAUAUAGUGGCACUUUGAUAAAUCAUGAAAUACCAAAGUAAUGUCGAGAAUAUUCUAUAAUUCUUUGCGACAUUUUAUUCGACACAACUCUCGAGCGAUAUAUUUUAUCAUCACCGUGCGAGAUAACAAUCGUGACUUGUCAUGUUUCGUAAUUUCAUUACUGAAUGGACUACGCCAAGUUUUAGUUACCUGAGAAUGACUUUCUUCCUUUUUUCUUAAAUUCCCUCGUCUCUCCU